CGAUGACGGUUAUGGUAUUGAGCCAUGCUUUAUGACUCCCUUCAGAAAUCCUACUCCAGGUGCAGAAAUAAAUUAUAAUAAGUUUUUAAAACAAGAAAGAGUUAUAAUUGAACGCUGUUUCGGCCAAGUGAAACGCCGGUUUCCUAUCUUACAGUAUGUUUGCCGCGUAAAGUUGGAAAAUGUGUCGAAAAUAAUUAUUGCUUGUAUUGUACUCCAUAAUGUUGCGAAGAGCUUGGGCGAUCCUGACUUUGAGCUAGUUGAACAAGAUCCAGAUGAAGAUGAAGGAAAUCAUGAGAAUGAUGAACUUCCUCUCCGCCAACUAGAUGACAACCUUCUGUUCACCAGGCUUCCAUCAACAAGUGGUGCCCAAAAGAAUCCAAUUAUAGAAAGGCAAGCAUCUGAAAGUCAGUUCGAUCGUAGCGAUGAAUAUGUUCCGAAAAAUGAAGAAACUUCGGAUAGUGAUGAUCCCUGA